AUGAUAGAGAAAAUCCAGUUGGAACUCAACUCUCAUGAUUUGGCAAUAAAGGACAACCAACAUGCUUUCGUUAAAAAUCGAUCUACUGUUUCAGCCCUGAUCUCGAUGACCCAGAAGAGGUUUGACGUAACAGAUAACUCCAAUAUUGGAAGAAAAGGGGUCCAUACUACGUUCUUGGACUUCAAAAAAGCAUUCGACCUUGUCGACCAUAGAAUUCUAUUAAUAAAAUUAGCGGAAAUGAAUGUAUCGAAGGCCUUCUGGUCAUGGGUGAAGUGUUUCCUUACAGAGCGGACUCAACAUGUGAAUUUACAUGGUGUUAUAUCUUCAAGCGCCCCCUGUCCAGCUGGAGUCCCGCAAGGCUCCGUUAUUUCUCCAACACUGUUCAAUAUUCAUAUCAAUGAUUUGGAAAACACGUUAACAAACAACCUUACAAACACGCACAAGUAUACAGACGACUGCACUCUUGAUGAGGUCGUUGCAAACGGAGCCCUUUCAAAUAUGCAGGAAUCGACUAAUCAAGUGAUGAAUUGGGCCAAUGAUAAUAAAAUGAUGGUGAACCCCAAAAAAACUAAGGACAUGUGGAUCAGUUUUUCCCAAUCCUCUUCUGAACCCCCACCUAUACAAACGGAUGGAAUUGAAAUAGAAAGAGUAAACUCCUUCAAACUUCUCGGUGUAUGGGUGAAAAAUGACUUAAAGUGGAAUACCCAUGUUUGUAAAAUAACAAAAAGAGCAAAUAAGCUAUUAUUCCUUCUCAGAGAGUGUAGGAAAUCCUUCCUACCACCCGAGAUUGGUUUAUUAACAUAUACGUCGAAGAUCCGGCCAAUACUUGAAUACGCCUCUCCAGUUUGGGGCGGAAUCCCUAAAUAUCUUGAAGCAGAAAUUGAACGUGUUCAACAAAGAAGCUUGAGAAUCCUAGGACUUGAGAAAGAUACCCUCCCUACACUAAAAGAAAGAAGGGACAAGGCAACAUGCAACGAGCUGAAAAGGAUCGUGAAAGUCCCAAAAAACCCAUGUAAUCGUUUCCUAUCUGGUAAUGAGAAUCACACUUACGAACUGAGAAGGACCAGAGACAGCAUUCCAAGACAGCUCUCAAAAACACACAGGCAUAGUACGUCUUUUAUCCCAAGGGCGUGUAGAUUAACCAACUCAUGA